AUGUGUUUAUGGUGCUCCGUCUUUGGUUUUGGCCCAUUUGAUCAGCUUCUUUUAUUUUCAGCCCUUCCUGGACGUUAUGUUUCUACAUCUCAAUCUUCUAUUCUAAGAAAGUCACCUGAGCGUGAGCCUAAUUCUGUCGAAGUAUUUGUUGAUGGAAGAUCCGUACUUUGUGAGUCUGGCAUGACUGUGUUGCAGGCUUGCGCUUUGGCUGGUGUUGAAAUACCUAGGUAUGCUAUCCUUUGCGAAUCUAGUACUUUUAAAAUGACGUAA